CUUGUGCGUGCACGUUUCCCGUCGGGGAGGCAUAAGUACGGCGAGGCCGGUCCCAAGGAGCUCAGUCGUGGCGCGCAAUCGCAACAGCAACAGUUCGUAAGAGUCCGGUUCCCGCUGGAAGAUGAGCCGCCUCGUAAGCGCCGUACGUGCCCACCUCCUCCUUCCCGUCCUCGUCGUCGUCGUGAUCGUCGUCGGUGGGAGCCUCGGUGCGAGGCUGCCCAAUGAUCCGCUCCCAACUUGUGGCUACGAUUCCUGCCCGAAGAGCGAUUUGAAGAAAUUAAAUAUCCACUUGGUACCUCAUACUCACGACGACGUUGGUUGGCUCAAGACCGUCGAUCAGUAUUAUUUUGGAGGUCGCAUGAACAUUCAAGUAGCUGGUGUACAAUACAUAAUUGAUAGUGUCGUCGAUGCUCUUCAACACGAUCCAACGAGAAAAUUUAUUUACGUGGAGACAGCGUACUUAUGGAAAUGGUGGGUACACCAGAGUGAGGAAAGGAAGGAAAUCAUGAAAAAAUUAGUCAACGAAGGCAGACUCGAAAUCAUUGGUGGAGCAUGGAGUAUGAACGAUGAAGCUGUUACCCAUUAUCAUUCAAUAAUUGAUCAGUUCACGUGGGGAUUCAGACGACUGAACGAUACAUUUGGUUCGUGUGCGCGUCCGAAAAUCGGUUGGCAAAUCGAUCCAUUCGGUCAUUCUCGCGAACAAGCCUCGAUAUUUGCACAAUUGGGAUUCGACGGAAUGUUUUUUGCUCGCCUCGAUUAUCAGGAUAAGUCGAAGCGCCUCCAAACCAAGACCGGCGAAUUUAUUUGGAAGGGAAGCCCCAGCUUAGGCAACGCCGCAAAUUUAUUUACGUCGGUUUUAUACAAUUUUUAUUCGGCUCCAGCUGGCUUCUGUUUUGACAUUCUCUGUCAAGAUACAGAACCGAUUGUCGACGACCUGGAUAGUCCUGAAUAUAACAUAGCCUCAAAGGUAGACAAAUUUUUGAAAUAUGCCAAGUUGCAAGCAACGUCGUACAAAACAAAUAAUAUUAUUCUCACGAUGGGCGAGGAUUUUAAUUAUCUAUACGCAGGAAUGUGGUACACUAACAUGGACAAACUCAUUAGAUACAUAAAUGAGAUAAAUGGAACAAAUUUUAAUGCUUUCUAUUCCACUCCAUCGUGCUAUACGAAAGCUGUGAAUGAGGCGAAUCUUACGUGGUCGAGUAAGACCGAUGAUUUCUUCCCAUACGCCAGCGAUCCUCAUUCGUUUUGGACUGGAUACUUCACGUCCAGGCCUACGCUUAAGUUUUUCGAACGAAUGGGAAAUAGUUUCUUGCAGAUAGUAAAGCAACUGUUAGUAUUAACAAAUCAGCCUGAUCUCGAUGAAUUAGAAUUAUUCAGAGAAGCGAUGGGAAUAAUGCAACAUCAUGAUGCUAUAACUGGUACGGAGAAACAACAUGUAGCAGCGGACUACGCGAGAAUUCUUCAUUAUAAUAUGAAAAAUGGAGAGAAAUUGGCCUCUAAAGCACUAAGAAAAUUAUCAUUGAAGAAGGAUAUAGUUGAGCCAGCGACAUUCCAUUCGUGUUUAUUAUUGAAUAUAAGCUCCUGUGAACACACUACUCAUAAUACAACAUUUGUCGUCACUCUUUAUAAUCCGACAAGUCAGCCUCUCACAACCUAUGUUCGUUUGCCAGUUCAAGAUCACUUUUACCAAGUACUCGACCAUAGCGGUAAGGAAAUUGUCACACAAAUCGUGCCAAUACCAACUGCAGUGCUGAAUAUCCCCGGUCGUUCGAGCGAGGCAAAAGCGGAACUUCUAUUCCAAGCAGUUGCCACCCCCGCUCUUGGUUAUCAAUCGUUUUACGUCAGUCAGAAGCCAAACGAAUUAAAGAAAGUCGAGAAUGGCACAACGACGCCAGACGAACAAACUAUAGAUGGAGAAUUUUAUAAGGUAAGUAUUGACUCGGAGGGCAAAGUCGUUGUCAAGUCGUUGAAAAAAGAUAACGAAAAGGUCUUUAAGCAAUCCUUCCAUUAUUACGAAGGCAUGCAAGGCAAUAACAGAGUGUAUAUUAAUCGAUCAUCAGGAGCUUACAUUUUCAGACCAAAAUAUAAUUAUACAAAAAAUGUUUCUGAAACCAGCACGUAUAAAAUAUACAAAGGGGCUAUAGUCGAAGAAAUUCAUCAAGUACUUUCUAGUUGGAUUAGCCAAGUAAUCAGGAUUUAUAAGGGAAAGGAUUACGUUGAAUUCGAUUGGCUAGUUGGGCCAAUACCCAUAGAAGAUAAUAUUGGCAAAGAAAUCAUAACCAAGUAUUCGAGCAAUUUAAACAAUAAUGCCGAAUUCUUGACCGACAGUAACGGCCGAGAGAUGUUGAAGCGUAAACUCAACUAUCGACCAACAUGGAACAUAACUCUCCAAGAAAAAGUAUCUGGAAAUUAUUAUCCAAUCACAACAAAAAUAUCUAUCCAAGACGCAAAUACGAACGAAACUUUUAGCGUAUUGAUCGAUCGAGCUCAAGGUGGUUCAAGUUUGAACAAUGGUGAAAUAGAAUUGAUGCUGCAUAGACGCUUACUGAGUGACGAUGCGUUUGGUGUUUCCGAGCCAUUGAACGAAUUUGCAUUUGGCGAGGGUCUCGUGGUAAGAGGUCAACAUUACGUCGUCAAUGGCAAUCUACAAAAUGCAGAUGAAACGCUAUUACAAGAGAAGGAACUUGCAUUCCAAUCGGCUGUGAGUCCAUGGGUAUUCAUUACACCGGUGUCACAAUCCUUCGAGAAGUGGAAUGAAUGUUACAAGAUGCGGAGCGAAGGUUUAGUGAAAUCAUUGCCGAGAAAUGUUCGAAUUCUCACGCUUGAGCCUUGGAAGGAUGGAGAAGUUUUACUUCGACUGGAGCAUUUCUUUGAAAAGAACGAAUCGAAACAAUACUCUGUGUCCGUAGAUAUUGAUAUAAAGGAACUGUUCCGUGGAUUCGUCGUGCACUCGGUGCGGGAGACGACACUCGGUGGAAAUCAAUGGAUCGAGGACUUACAACGCCUCAAGUGGCAAUUAGAAUCGAACGAAGUGAUAAAGGCCGAAGUUAGUAGUGAGAAGAGUGAAUCAACGAUUAAUGAUAAAAUUAUCAAGCACUUCAAGCCCAUGGAGAUUCGUACAUUCGUCGUUAAACUCUCGCUCGAGACGACGACAUAAAGAUAAUUUAUCUAUGAUAUGUAAUUAUUGACGGAACGUUUCAUAUGCCAAACAUCAAAGGCUAAUUGUAAUGAAAAUAUUGUCGAUGUAUACUUUGUAUUUUAAUAUAAUAUGGAAACAUUUUUUUUCCACUAAUUUACCUUCUAUGAUCUAAACUAGAUCUUGCAUUUUUAAUUUAUGUAGUAUGGUUUAUUGUAAUAACAACAUUAUAAUUACAUGCUAAUAAUGCCAGUACAUAAAGCCUUUAUUGUCACAAAUUCAAUAAAUCUGUGGUAUUGUAUAUCUAAAA